AUGCUCCAGGCUCUCACUCUUACUCUCGCCGCCAUGACGGGCGUCUUUGCCGCACCGGCCACCACCGGCCCAAGUGGUAAGACUUCCAUCCACAACAAGCGAGGGGACGAUUAUUGGGGAGGCGCGGUGCAAGAAGGCCCUUCGGGCACCGGCUGGAAUUACGUCCAAGGCAGUGUAGUCGUCCCGAGCUUCAGCGGAGGGGACAAGCAGCAUUCCGCAAACAUGUGGGUGGGAAUCGACGGCGACGACUGCACGAGCGCCAUCUUGCAGACCGGUCUUGUAGCGUACGGAGACGGCACAUUCUGGCUGUGGACAGAAUGGUGGAAGCAUCCCAUGCAAAGCUACGAGACCAACCUUGGCUUCUCACCGAAUGACACUCUGCGCUUUACCGUGCAUGCCACGUCUACCACCUCGGGCACCACAACUGUCGAGAACUUGAGCAGUGGACGUGCAGUCUCACAUACAUUUACAAGUGAGGCGGCUUACCCGCUCUGUGAGACGGAUGCUGAAUGGAUCCUGGAAGACUGGCAGAGAAACGGACAGCCGGUCACCCUUGAGAACUGGGGUACGAUUAAGAUUUUUGACACUGUUGCCAAAAGUCCCAGGACACAAGUCACGGCUGCUGGUUCUGACAUUGUCAACAUCAAUAUCAACGGCCAAACUCUUACUAGUAGCAGUGUUGACUCGGAUGGAACCGUUAGCGUCACUUAUAUUGGUCCUAACUAA